AUGAUCACUUUGAUUCUACGGCUCUGCAUUCUUGCGAUAUGGUCAGCAGAAGCCCUGGCUUCUCCCUUCCCCUCCUCCUCCGAUCAGGACAGCAGCAAUAUCAACAAGGAACAUGUCAGCCAUGGCAAGAUCCUUACUCACGAACCUGAAUACGAUCCCCCGCGGGAAAAGUACGGCCUAAACAAGUCGCAAGAGUUCAAGUACUUUCAUGAACCAGGUAACGACGAUAUCCUGGGCCACUACGAUACGCGAUUCUUUACCGAACCGGUCCCGGACGAGGAGCGCUCCGAGACCCUGACGCACAUGAUUCGCGCUUAUCUCAACUUUUUCAACGAGAAUGGCCUUGAGACUUGGAUUGCGCAUGGCACAUUGCUGGGGUGGUGGUGGAACGGCAAGAUUCUACCCUGGGAUUGGGAUAUCGAUACGCAAGUGCUGGAUACCACCCUGCUGCACAUGGCUGACAGCUUCAACCAAACCGUCGUCCAUUACACGGCUGCUGACUCCGACGUGGAGAGGAGCUACCUCCUCGACAUCAACCCGUGGGCUCGACAGCGCGAACGGGGUGAGGGGCUCAACAUCAUCGAUGCUCGGUGGAUCGACAGGCGGACGGGUCUCUACAUUGACAUCACAGGACUGAGUAGGCUGGAGCCGGAGAAACCCACUCUGUGGCAGGACAAAAACAACCACCAGUAUCAGACAGGGGACAUUUACCCCCUGCGCAAGACGACUUUUGAAGGCGGGCCGGCGAAGAUCCCCUUCCAGUACGAUUCUGUCCUAGUCGAAGAGUAUACUCAGAAAGCCUUGACGGGGACCAAGUUCCAUAAUCAUACAUGGUAUCCUGACAUGGAAGAAUGGGUUUCUGACAACGACGAAAUCGCCACAAAAGAGAACCUCAAGGACGACCGCCAAUAUGAGAAGAGGUGA